UUAUCAUAUCAAACAAGCUAAAACAAGAAACUAAUCAUGUCUCCUUCAUGGCCUACUAUACUUCUUGCCUCCCUCUUUCUUUUCUCUCAAAUAUUUUCUUGCAUUGCCCAAGUUCCAGCUAAAAACACCUUCAAAUUCGUCAAUGAAGGCGAAUUAGGACCUUAUGUUGUAGAAUACAGAGCAGAUUAUCGCGUUCUUCGUGUUUUCAAUAACCCAUUUCAGCUCUGUUUCUACAACACAACUCCUAAUGCAUGGACAUUAGCAUUGCGAAUGGGCACUGUCCGUUCCGAAUCACUCAUGCGUUGGGUAUGGGAAGCAAACAGGGGAAACCCCGUUAAGGAAAACGCGACCUUCACGUUUGGAACUAACGGAAAUCUCGUCUUGGCAGAUGCUGACGGUCGAAUCGCUUGGCAGACCAACACGGCUAAUAAAGGCGUGACAGGCUUCAAGUUGUUACCGAAUGGUAACAUGGUGUUACAUGACUCUAAGGGUAAAUUCGUCUGGCAAAGUUUCAACUAUCCUACUGAUACUUUACUGGUGGGCCAAACUCUCCGUUUGUCAGGCCCGAAUAAGCUCGUGAGCCGAGCCUCGGUGAAAAAGAAUGUGAACGGGCCUUACAGCCUGGUGGUGCAGCCGAAAUUGUUCGCUGUCUACAACAGGACCAAGUUAGAUGUGGAAUUAGCUUGGUUCGACUAUGGGAAUAAUACAUUGGAAUCCAUAAAAUUGAACAGUGGGAAUCAAAGGCUGAAAUUGGAUUAUAGAUUUGCAAAAUCAACACAGAGAAGUUCACAUGUGAUGGCAUUUACUAAUUACAACACAACAUUGACAUAUCUUAGACUUGAAAUUGAUGGAAAUCUGAAGGCCUACACUUUCGUUAGAGACGAAGAAGCAGAUGAAUUCCGUUGGAAAGUAACCUACAGUAGGCUUUAAAAAACUUGAUAUUGAAAAUAUCUGCCUACACGUUAUUCUCCCACUUGUGAAUUUCUACGGUUAUUUUUAUUAUUGUUGUUAUAUUGUAGUAAACGUAGCCCUAUAAGAUAAGUAUUAAUGUCCAGUUCAAUAAGUGGAUAAGAUGAGUGGGUCCACAGCUAGUCCAAUAAAUUAGUAGUAAUUCCUGUUUAUGUUAUUUAUUUAUUUUCCUUCUUUUUAAAAAUAAUAUGUUUUGGUUGAACUGA